AUGGCUGCUGUAGGUUGGUCUGUAUUGCGCUGCGCUUCAAGUUUCUCUGGGUUCAUUUUGAGGAGGAAUGUCCGUCAGCUGUCACCUCUAAUCUGCAGACAGGUAUAACUCGAAACUUAUUGUGACAUAUUCCCUUAACUCUUUGAAUGUUUUUUCACUUUGAAAAUUUCUGGUAUCUUGUGAGCUACAGCCGAGAAGUACCCAAAAUUUAAUUUUCCUCAUUUCCGUACGAUAGCUUUAUGCCAGGUGCCCUGUGUAUGAAGGGAACAUCAACUGAAAUGCAAAAUUCAUGCAAGCAUUGUGUGUACUAAACUGAAAGUAUUUUUAUGAAACUCAGGAGGAACUUUGAUCAAAUAUGACUAAAGGUUGAUUGAUUUGGUGGGUUCCAUUUUCUAAACCAGCUUUUUUAAAACAGAGAAAACCUGCCGUAAAAUCACAGAAAACGUAGCUAGAAAUUGAAAGACGUCCCAACCUAGUACGAUUUGUGUCUGCCAUAAGGAAACAAGCUAAGAAAUAUUUUGUACUUAAAUCCUUCUUUACAGACGUUAACUUUUUGAUAUUCUUCAUUAGGAUGCUUUCCACCAAACUCACGAAGUCCCUUUGCAUGCAAAGUAUGGUGGCCGUAACACUGUGACACUAAUCCCAGGAGAUGGGGUGGGUCCGGAGAUGGUUACAGCAGUAAAAGAUAUAUUCAGGUACGUAGUCAUGUUAUCGGAAACAUAAACAGUAUACCCUGAAAUUAUUGCAAAUUGCUGCAUUUACCAUGUGCGAAAAUAUGCCAACCACACACUGCAUGUAAAAUGAAUGGGAUGUCAGUGUUUGUUUUAUGCUUCAUACUUAAGCUAUCAAUAGUGAAUGAAUAUAAUUUUUAUCUGUGGUCAGUCUCUCAUAGAACUGCUCCAAUAAACAAGAGGGGACAUCUCUACUGAUACCAGAUGCUUUUAUUUAGCAUUUAUUUCCAUAGAAUUGUCAUAUAUUCCUGUUUUAGAUACAUUGGAGCACCAGUUGAUUUUGAAGAGCUUAAUUUAAGGUAAGAUAUAUACUCUAUGCUAAUAAGAUUUGAUAGUGUCUGUAAAUAUUGGUAAAUAAUGAUUCCAGUAAAGGGCAGAGAUAGUUUAAUUUCAAAAUGAUUACAUUAAAACGCUUAUUCCCAUCUUUUCCAGUGGCUUGAAUCUGAGUGAUGAGGACACAUUCAGUGAUACUCUAGAGGAUGUUGUUACAUCAGUAAAGAGAAAUGGAGCUGCAAUUAAAGGUAUUCAAUUGCUGUAGAAACUUUAUACUCCUCACUUUUGUCAUAGGUUUCCUGUCGAUGUAUAAAUUUUUUACUCUGAAAUGAAAGCAUUCUACCAUUUUGUUGCCUACAAUUAGAUAAUGAAUCACAGCUCUACAAAAACACCUUGAUUUACACUCACAACUGUAUGUUAUUUUAUAUCCAAUAUCAAUUAUAUGGUGGUUGAUUCCUUUUGCCUUACUGAUCCAUGUGGUCAGUUGGUGCAUAUACUUUAUCUAUGUCUACAUGGAACCUGCAUUAAUUGAAGUUGUUCUGCUUAAUUUUUAUUUCCAAGAAAGGAUUUAAGAAUAUGAACAUUCACAACUUCUUGGUAGAAAUAAAACUUGUAGGCCACAUUUGUCAGAGAAUGUUUACCUUUUUUCUAAAAUACACAAUUCUGUAUGAUACACUGAUCUGGCUCAUUUUGGUUUUUAGGAAAUAUUUUUACUCCAUUAGAUCAACCGACUUUUAAGUCACUCAAUGUUGAGUUACGGUCAGUAUGAAUAAUAAUCCAUUUUUUCAAAUUAGAGCAGAAAAGGGAUCUCUAUCAAGAGACCAACUAUACAUGUAAGACAAUAAUGUAACCUUCAACCAUAUUUAUAUUGUUGUCUUUGACUUUUUAACUCAUGUAUUUCUUGAAUUUUUAUCUUGCUGCGUUGCAUUAUCACAAUUUAAUCCAUGGGAAAUGACUUAUUUUAAAGGAAUUGUUUUUCUUUAUGAUAUUCUUUGUAUCCAUGAGAUUAUUUAGAGUCUGAAAUUUAUUUGUAAAUAUACUGAUUUCUUUUUGAUGACUAGUCUUCAGUUAGAUCUAUUUGCAAAUGUUGUGAGAUGUAAAUCCAUCCCAGGUAUCCCUGUACGGUAAGAGUUGUUUAUAUUUUGAGUUGGAAAUUGUUUUUUUGUCAUUGAAAUUUGUUAGAUGGUUUUUUGUAUGAGCAAUUUUUGUACUUACUAAUUAUAUUUGACUGUAUAUUAGUUUCAAUUGGUAAAAAUAUUCUUCUUCUAAGGCAUGGUGAUGUUGAUCUAGUAAUAAUCAGAGAAAACACAGAGGGAGAGUACAGCCACAUAGAACAUGAGGUGGGUUUUUAUUAAAUAACAGCAAUGACAUGUCAUAAUUAUAAUGCCAGUAAUUUCCUUCUCCUGCAAGCCAAAUUGUUAUUUGCCAAAAAAUAGGGCCAAUAAUGUCCAAUAAUUUUUUUAGAUAAAGAAGAUAGUAUUAUUUGACUGUAACUACUGAGUGUGAAGAGGAAGUUUGUUUUUAAAAGCAUGAUUACUCAAACAAUUAUUAGAGCUAGUACAUUCUCAUUUACUUGCUACUACAGAAAAUAAAAAUAUUGCAUAGUGGAAAUUAGUGCUUCAGUAUUAUAUCAACCUCAGAACGGAUGAUUAAUGCAAGAUAUGACAUACUACUCAGUCUUCUCAACCAAGUAGAGUAUAGGCACCUGUAUGAUUGCUUUCAGGAGCAAUUGUGCUGGUUGAGGUUUGGAUUGAUAAUCAACCGAUAGUAGGUAGAGAAAGAAUCUUGUGAAACUGAAAUUUAACAACCUUCUUCCUUUCCCUUCAUGCUAUUUAGCCAAUGAGAAAAAGAUAAAGAUGUUUUUGGUCUUGUAACAAGAGUGAGACAAAGACAAAAUUCUGAGUCCCUGUGAAGACCUUGGGCUUUGUUUACCACUGAGUCUCUGUUGCUCAACGGUAGAGCAUUGGAGGGAGGAAUCCCAAGGCCUGAGGUUUAAUCUUCAUGGGAACUCAGAAUUUUUGUUUCUUUGUCCCAGACUUGUGACAAGAAAAAAAUUUAUCUUUCUCUAUUUCUUUACUUAGUCAAGGAGCUAUUUUCUGAAAAAGCCUUAUUAAAUGAGUUGGUUCAACCCACCCGACAGAAAAGGUUUGACAGGUGAUUCUGAUAGACCAAUACCUGCUCUUUAAGAUAAGAUACUAUGUAGUCCCGAAUUGUGGUACCGCUAACGAGAUAAAUGGGGCUUUAUACCAUGAUAUGGCACUCAGCAUGGAAACGAGGCUCAAACGGAAAUUGACCUCAAAUUUCAUCUUCUUUCACUGAAGUGCCCCAAACCCAUCUGUUUCUUUGUCCCAGACUUGUGAUUUUGUAUGCUAUCAUAGAAAUGUGGGCAAUCAUAUGCUUUAAUAUUUUCACAGCAUCCCUCUUUAUUUCAAAGAUUUGACCUGUUUUGAGGUUGCAUUUAUUCCAGCCUCGUUUCCAUGUAAACAGUGAUGGAAGAGACAUCAGCACUAAUAUUGUCUAUCUUCUGGAGUUCUAUGCAUCCAAAUGUUUUUUUUAAGCAUAAUUCGAAAGUACAUGAUUUCUCUGUUGCCACAUAAGAUGAAAAGCCUGGAUAAGACCUUUACCCUAGUCUCAGCAGGAUUUGAAAUAUGUCAGGAUCGACAAAGGAGACUGCUUUUAGACGAAAAAGUGGUCAUGUGACAAUCACGUGACAUGCUGUUGUACCAUGUGAAUACUCAAAUUGUAGGCAGGUACAUGAUCAUCAUUUUUUCAGAUGGGUAGCGGUACCACAAUUCGGGACUAUAUAGUAUCUUAUCUUAAAGAGCAGGUAUUGGUCUAUCAGAAUCAGCUGUUGAACCUUUUCUGUCAGGUGGGUUGAACGAAACCAGUUUAUGUUGGGUCUGGCUCCUUGACUAACUGGACUCAAAAUUUACCAUCUUUCCUCUACUAGGUAUUAUUAAGAGAAAUAUACUUGUACUGCAGACUCAGAAUUUAAUCUUUGUCCCAAGCUCAUCACAAGAUGAAAAACAUCUUUCUCUGUAUUUGUAAUGUGGUUGGUUUUCUUUAGAAUGUAGAUGGGGUUAUUGAAAGUUUUAAAGUCAUGACAGAGGAGAAAUGUACAAAAGUUGCAAAGUAUGCAUUUGACUUUGCUGUUAAGCAUGGGAGAAAGAAAGUGACAGCAGUUCACAAGGCCAAUAUCAUGUAUGUUUCACAAUCUACAUUGUAGAUAGUAGUCUUUGUCAUUUACUCAGUACAUUUUAUCAUAUAAUGUUAGUUGAUAAAUAUGAAUUAAGAUGUGAUGUUCAGCCCACCUAAGGAUUCACCUCAAUUACUUAAUGUUCUUUUGUUAUGAUUGGUGGUAGCAUGGUCUGCUGUUUUGAUGAAACUUCCUGUUGAGAGGUCCCAUCAGUCAUAAGCAGCCAAACUUUUCUUAGUCAAAUAACAAAUUAAAUGUUUUUACUGAAGGACUGAGAAUGGAUAGCCCUUGAAAGCCUUGUAUAAAAUGAAUAAAAAUAAUAAUUCUAUAAUUGAAACUCCAUUAAUAAACAGAGUUCACUGGAUUUAUCUUACUAUAAUUUUGACCACCAAUAGAGUUUCAUCUUGUCAGUGAGUACAGUUUCCACUCGAUAAAAGUUUCUUGAUUACUUCUUUUAUUUUGAAAGGAAACUUGGUGAUGGUUUGUUCUUACGAUGCUGUGAAGAGGUGUCCAAGAGCUACCCUGACAUUGAGUUCAAUUCCAUGAUCAUUGAUAAUUGCUGUAUGCAGCUUGUGUCAAACCCUGAGCAGUUUGAUGUGAUGGUGAUGCCCAACUUGUAUGGUAAUAUCGUCAGUAACAUUGGAGCCUCUCUUGUUGGCGGACCAGGAAUUGUACCUGGGGAAAACAUAGGAGGAGAUUAUGCAGUAUUUGAAUCAGUAAGGACUUGAAAAAUAACUAAUUAACAUGUUUAAUUUGUCCCUUGUUACAUUUGCAAAAGUCAUGUGGAAGCUCUUGAUGAUACAUAAUGAUUUAAGUAACUAAUUUGCACUCAGUGCUGAAAGCUUUUAACAUGUAUCAGGUUAUACUUAAGGUGGGCUGGCCUGCAUUAAACUUAAUUUGAUGCUGGCAGCUCCUAGGGGUUUAAAAAAAGACUUGUUAGGGCUCAAUGUGUAGCAUUUUUGUAGAUUUGUAAACAAGAGUCCACUAAUUGGAUUCCGUAAGUAAUCAGAGAUGCAGUUGAACAUAAGUUAUCCAGACUCAUUGGGACUGUACUGAGUAUUCCUGUUAAUAUAGGGUUAUAAUAAUCAAAAUAUGAAAAUGAAUGAGUCAAAAAUUAAACUGUGUAUGUAUCAUUAAUAAAUAUUAAGCAAGAAUUUGAGAAUUUUCUCAAAUCAAUGUAUCAUUGCCCAAAUUUGCCAUAGUAAUCUAAAAAGGUUGUAUGACAACAACAUUUUGGAACCUAAAAUGCUUAAGUAAGUCAGUUUGUUUGAAGCUGCUACAGCCUGUGCACAUUGCUAAUUCUAUCAUUUUUCUAAGCUGCAUUACUUGAAAAGUGUCACCGCUGUUUCAGUACAUCCACUUUAUUUGAUGAGAAAAAAGAGUUGUUUUGGAUUUAAAAUGUGACUACCUGGUAAUUAGCUUUCUUGAAAAAUGGGACCAGAGAAGCAAGUUUGGAUGAAUUCCAUGCCUUGAUGAUGUUGAUGUGAAGAAAUCACCAAAUUGUGCUUUUAUUAUUACAUUGCUCAUAAGAAUGUUUCUUUGUUUCUUCUCUAAAUGAAGAUUGGUGUAUGUUGUAUUGCAGGGAUCACGGCAUACAGGUCUGGAUAUUAAAGGAAAGAACGUUUCAAAUCCUAUGAGCCUGCUAUUUGCAAGUACACUUAUGUUGGAGCAUUUGGGGUAAGUCUAAUAUAGAGCUAGAAACCACAGGCUUUUCUCUACAGAACCUCUAAUUAAAAGUUCUCUGUAAAGUUGGGUUGAAAUUGUUUGACUUUGGCUUAAGGGGUCUGGCUCCAACUCUACCUGUGUCCUCUUGUUGUGUUCCUGAGAAAGACUCUGCUAUUACAAUGCCUCUCUUCACUCAGAAGUACGAAUUAGUCCCAUCAAACUAGCAGAGAGAGCUGGUGAAAUGCUGAGGUGUGACAUGCAAUACACCUGGCAUGUUAAAAAGCUCACUAUGAAUUAAUAAACUAUUAUUAUUAUCACUAGCAUGCCAUUGAGAAGAAAGGGGUUAAAAGGAAUCAUUGUCACCUCAUAAGGGAGGGAAGGGAGGGGUUUAAAGGAAUCCCUACCACCUCUUAAUUAAGGAAGGGGAGGGAGGGGUCAAAAGGAAUCCUUGCCACCUCCUAAGGGGGAGGGAGUGUAGACAGCUAUGUUGCACAGGAUAUUUAUUAUAUAAGAUGAUUUACUCAUCAUUGCUAUCUUAUUUUCAGGUGGAAUGCUUAUGGUGACAUGAUUCACAGUGCUAUUUUAAGAGUAGUACAGAAAGGAGUGGUGAGAAAAAUAGUUUUUCUUCAUUUCAAGUUCAUGUUGUUGUAGUCUGAAUUGAACAGUAGACUGAAGCCAACAUGGAUUACUCCUUCCUCACUGAAAUUCACCAAGAGUGUACUAUAUUUAUAAUAGAUUUCACUUUUGAGUCAAAUUGCUUUGUAGAAAAUGAAGAUACUUCCAUCCACACCUAAAUUUUUUGUAGCUCUAACUGUUAGAAAUUAAACUUGCUCAGAAUAAAAUAGAGUAAUGUUCAGAUAAACAGUUCCUUUUUCUUUUCUUGAACUGCAGAAAACUGCUGAUAUUGGAGGUGGACAUCUUACCACAGAUUUUCUUGAUUGUUUGAAAGAAGAAAUUGGUCAAAUAGGCAACUUGAGUGGAGCAGAUUAACAUGUAAUUCUUUGGCGAUUUGUGAAAUGUCAUUUUCUUGUCA